AUGUCGACGCCAGACUACAACGUCGACGACCCUCCGACAUUGCUCGAAGCUGGCGUGCUGCAGGGUCGCGCAAUCGGCAUCGACUUGGCCACCAUCCGUCCUUUCGAAGGCAGACCUAUCUUCCUGGCGGAUCUCGCACGCUGCGGCUCCUCCAACGACAGAUCACACGUGGCAAGAUGGCUGCGUGGAGGGGUUCACUCGGUCGUCGCGAUCAAGGCGAUCGAGGAGGACCGCUCGCGCAUCCCACGAGAUGGGCGAAGGGAGGCGAGACUGCUGGCCAAGCUGAAUCACCCAAAUAUACUCUCCUUGCACAACGCCUACGCUACCCCAGCAUCUGACCUCUCAAUCCCGCGCAUCACCCUCUUCACGCCUUACUAUCCCCAUACUUUCCGCGAACUCCUCGCUUCCCCUAGAUUCACUCCCCACGUGCUGGAUGCACCCGACUUCCAGACUCUAGCGGAGUCCCUCGCUUUUCAGCUUCUUUCCGCCGUUUCCUACCUGCACGGCCAUGGGAUCGCUCACCGCGACAUCAACCCGAACAACCUGGUGCUGAGCGAAGGUGGCCGUUUAGUCCUCAUCGACUUUGGCAUCGCUAUCGAAGCCGAGGACGAGGAGCCGGGCAGCAUGUUCUUCGAGGUCGGAACAGGGUCAUACCGAGCACCAGAACUCGUGUUCGCCUCUCGCGACUACGACGCUCCCGCCAUCGACCUCUGGGCAACAGCGGUUACGCUGGCAGAGUGCUUCACCCCGCUCGACUACCCGACCCCUCAGUCACCCGGAUCCGAAGACUCAUUUCAGCGCUACUACCGCCAGCAUGCGACGCCACCACCACCUCCCGAGCUCCAGCGGAAGACGCUCUUUGACGGCGGAGCGAGCGACUUCCUCCUUGCGGCGAGCAUCUUCAAGAUCUGCGGCACGCCUACCUCCGAGACUUGGCCGGAAGCGGCCAAGAUACCCAACUUCGCCCGGUUCACGUUCGCCUCCUUCCCUCCGACCGAUCUUCUCUCGCAUCUCCCGCAUCUCCAUCCAGCAUCGCCUCUGGCCACAAUACUUCCUCGUAUGCUGCAGGUCUCGGCAGGCCAACGCCUGUCGGCAGAGGACGCGGUCGCACUGCUUUCGAAGCAGGCCCUCACAGUGCCAGAUGACCUCGACAACGACGAACGCCAAUUCUGCGGUCUAGCUGGAGGAAGCGAAAAUGACUUGCGAACACUCCUGCAACGAGUGCUGUAG